CCCGUCCACCAAACUCGCUGACUGCGCUCAGUCAGCCCUCUGCAACUUUUGCAGACUCCUCACUCCACCGACAUGUCGCACAAUAGCUGAAUGUCAAGCUGUCAUCGUGGCUCGUUGCAGACAGCAACGCCCGGGACCAGAUGGGGAAUUCGGAUCAUUUUCCCGCAUGAACCGGGCCAGUAACGCACGAGACCGUCUCUCGUUCAAGAUGGCAGAUUUCGCUUGACUUUUGAGCGGACGUGUCUAUUUAUCGUUUGCCAUGAAUAACAGAAACCCUUGCACCGAUGGCCCCUGUAUACGAAGGUAUGGCCUCGCAAGUGCAAGUGUUCUCCCCUCACACUCUUCAGUCAAGUGCCUUCUUUAGCGUGAAGAAACUGAAGGUGGAGCAGAGUUGCAACUGGGAUAUGACAGGGUACGGCACGCACAGCAAAGUCUACAGCCACAACAGCAAGAACGUGUCGGCCGUGAGCGGCCCCCUCGGAAUUAACAGCUCUCUGCAGGUAGCCGGCUCCACCUUGCCGUACGAGCAGGCGCUCAUCUUCCCAGCAAGUGCGGGCCACAUUGUGGUCGCCUCAGCCAGUAGCACUUCGGGGGGUUUAGGGUCUUUGCUGGGCAGCGGAGGUGGAGGCAGUAACGGCAGCGGAGGGGGUGGCGGUGGCAGCGGUGUCGGGGUUCACAAUCUGACUCGCCGCAGCACAGUCAGUCUCCUGGACACCUACCAACGAUGUGGGCUUAAACGCAAGAGUGAAGAGCUUGACAACAACAGCAGUGUGCAGAUAAUAGAGGAGCACGGUCCACUGAUGAUCCAAAACGGCGCAGCCAGUGGCGCCACGGUGGCUACAGUGGCCACCGCUGCGUCUACGGCAACAUCGAAGAACAGCGGCUCCAACAAUGAGGGGGACUACCAACUGGUGCAGCAUGAGGUGCUCUGCUCCAUGACAAACACGUAUGAAGUGCUGGAAUUCUUGGGACGAGGAACAUUCGGGCAGGUUGUUAAGUGCUGGAAGAGGGGCACCAAUGAGAUUGUGGCAAUCAAGAUUCUAAAAAACCACCCGUCGUACGCACGGCAGGGUCAGAUCGAGGUCAGCAUCCUGGCGCGUCUCAGCACGGAGAGUGCAGAUGAUUUCAACUUUGUGAGGGCCUACGAGUGCUUCCAGCAUAAGAACCACACGUGCCUGGUGUUUGAGAUGCUGGAGCAGAACCUGUACGACUUCCUGAAGCAGAACAAGUUCAGCCCGCUGCCGCUUAAAUACAUCAGACCCGUGUUGCAGCAGGUGGCUACAGCGCUGAUGAAGCUGAAGAGUCUGGGUCUGAUCCACGCUGAUCUGAAGCCGGAAAACAUCAUGCUUGUAGAUCCAUCUCGGCAGCCCUAUAGAGUCAAAGUCAUUGACUUUGGCUCAGCUAGCCAUGUGUCCAAAGCUGUCUGCUCCACUUAUCUACAGUCCAGAUACUACAGAGCUCCGGAAAUCAUCCUGGGCCUGCCGUUCUGCGAGGCGAUAGACAUGUGGUCCCUUGGCUGUGUGAUAGCUGAGCUCUUCUUGGGAUGGCCACUCUAUCCUGGAGCCUCGGAGUACGAUCAGAUCCGGUACAUCUCACAGACUCAGGGUCUGCCUGCAGAAUAUCUGUUGAGCGCAGGGACAAAGACCACCAGGUUCUUCAACAGAGACACAGACUCCACCUAUCCUCUGUGGAGACUGAAGACUCCUGAGGACCAUGAGGGAGAAACAGGGAUCAAGUCCAAGGAGGCGCGCAAGUACAUCUUCAACUGCUUGGAUGAUAUGGCCCAGGUGAACAUGACGUCAGAUCUGGAGGGGAGCGACUUGCUGGCAGAGAAAGCUGACAGGAGGGAGUUCAUCGACUUGUUAACCAAGAUGCUGACCAUUGACGCAGACAAGAGAAUCACACCUAUUGAAACACUCAACCAUCCUUUUGUUACCAUGUCGCAUCUCCUCGAUUUCCCGCACAGCACUCAUGUGAAGUCAUGCUUCCAGAAUAUGGAGAUCUGUAAGCGCCGCGUCAACAUGUACGACACGGUCAACCAGAGCAAGACGCCCUUCAUCGCCCACGUGGCCCCCAGCACCUCCACCAACCUCACCAUGACCUUCAACAACCAGCUCAACACUGUGCACAGCCAGGCCACCAACCUGGCUCCCUCCUCCACCAACAAUUCCACCCUUUCCUUUGCAAGUCCCGAUGUCUCCAUACUAAACUACCAAUCUGCACUCUACCAGCCCUCCGCUGCCUCCAUGGCAGCUGUGGCCCAGAGGAGCGUGCCCCUGCAGACGGGGGCUCCUCAGCUCUGCGCUGCCCGGCCCGAUCCCUUCCAGCAGGCGCUCAUCGUCUGUCCUCCUGGCUUCCAAGGACUGCAGGCAUCGCCUUCCAAGCACAACGGUUUCUCCAUGCGGAUGGAGAAUGCUGUUCCCAUAGUGACACAGGCCCCCGGCGCCCAGCCUCUGCAGAUCCAACCGGGCCUCCUUACUCAGCAGGCUUGGCCCAGCGGCACCCAGCAGAUCCUGCUGCCUCCAGCCUGGCAGCAGCUCACUCACAGCUCCGUUCAGCAUGCCGCCGUCAUCCCCGACUCCAUGAGCAGCGCACAGCCUCUCAGCAACUGGAGGAAUUCCCACCCUCAUGGCAGCCAUUACAAUCCCAUCAUGCAGCAGCCAGCCUUGUUGGCUGGCCACGUCACUCUCCCAUCCAACCAGACGCUCAAUGUUGGAGUGGCACAUGUUAUGAGGCAACCGUCGUCCAAUAAUAACUCCUCUUCCAAAAAGAACAAACAGCACCAGAAUUCUGCCAGGAACACUUCAGCCUAUGAAGUGUCGUCCACGCAGCCAGUGCUUUCGCCGCAGCGCUCCAAGAGGGUGAAAGAGAACACGCCCCCGCGAUGCGCCGUGCUCCACAGCAGCUCAGCCUCCAUUUGCCCUCCCCCGCAGGGCUGCGGGGGAGGCGGUUGGGGGACUAUUUCGGCCGAGCAAGCUUCCAGCACCACCCGCAGCCAUCCACACCAGCAGCACGUCCCCAGACAGACCAUCAUCAUCCCUGACACGCCCAGCCCUGCGGUCAGCAUCAUCACCAUCAGCAGUGACACAGAUGAGGAAGACAACCACAAACAUAACAAUGGCUCAUCUUUGAAGCAAAGGAAGAAUGUGAUCAGCUGUGUGACUGUCCACGAUUCACCUGACAUCGACUGUUCCAGCAACAACAGCCCUUACACUGUGGAAUCUAGACGCGCCCAUAACAACAGCGGCUUUGACACAAAGACUACCGUCCUAGACAACUACAACAACGGCAACCCACGCACAAUCAUCAUCCCCCCUCUCAAAACCCUGACCAGUGAGGCGGUGAAUGAGUGUGAACGCUUGAUGCCGGGUAACACAUCAAAUACAAUGAACCAUCAGAAUUCCGCUUACAAGUUCAAAUCCUCCAAUGGAGUGGUUUCGGGCAAUACUCACAUCCCAGGUGGUGUGACUGCAUCGUACAGACAGCAGCGCUCAGGGCCGCACUCCCUCCAGCAGCAGCCUCUUAAUCUCAGCCAGGCCCAGCAGCACAUGGUAGCAGACCGAAAUGGAGGUCAUCGCCGCCAGCAAGCUUACAUUACCCCCACCAUCGCCGCUCAGGCCCCAUACUCCUUCCAUCACAACAGCCCCUCUCACACGGGCAACGUGCAUCCCCACUUGGCUGCCGCGCAUCUCUCCAGCCAGCCCCACCUCUACACCUACACAGCCCCCACCGCUUUGGGCUCCGGCGGCACAGUGGCUCACCUGGUGGCGUCACAGGGCUCGGCACACCACACGGUCCAGCACGGGAGCUAUCCGCCAAGCAUUGUCCACCAGGUUCCGGUCAGCAUGGGACACCACGUACUGCCCUCACCGACACUGCACCACAGCCAGUACCAGGCCCAGUUUGCCCACCAGGCCUACAUCAGCGCCUCGCCUGCUUCCACUGUCUACACUGGAUACCCACUGAGCCCCACCAAGGUCAACCAGUACCCUUACCUCUAGAGAAGACACUGGAGAGGCUGACCUGGCACUGCUGCUUCCACACACCAACCACCCUUAGCCCCAUCAACGCCCUACAUAGCCUCAACCUCACUUGUGAACAGAGACAGAGGACUUUGCAAUCCUCAUCCAACUGCCCCAUAUGACUUGAAGGUAUGAUGGAGAAAAAAAAGAAGGAAAAAAAAAACAUCCACCGUCGUUCUCGAAGGGAAACACAGGAGUUGGAUUAGAGCAUCGCAUUUCAAGGUGAUUUCUUUGGAUUGUUUUUGUCUGAAAAGGGCCAUCUUAGCUUUUGUUUGAUUUGUUUUUGUUUUACCUUGAGGAAAGUCAUGUCUCAUUAGUGUUACACAACUUAACUGUGGGAAGGGACUGCUGAACAGGGGUUACAGACUGGAAGUUCGGAAUCCCAAGAUCAUUUGGGAGAAGGUGAAAUACGGAAACCUGCUGCUCUUCAAAGAUACAAAAAAAAAUAUCGAUGGCCUUGAACUGUCUUCAUAUUUCCACACUUUUGGUGUUGAGAGAAAAGAGAGGUGACUCCCUCCACUCCACCUCCUCAAGCGGGAGGCUUCUGGAAAUAUAACCAACAGAAGACAACAAACUUUUCUAAUGUAUUUAUAGGUAUAUUUCUUUUGUGUUUCUCAAAACUUCAGUUUUAGCUGUAGGCGUCUUAGCUGGGCCCCGUUCAUAGAAUGUAGCAGUCUGCACCCAUUAGUUUCUAGAACUUUCAAGAAACUUUCUUUCCAGAUACCAAUAGAUUAAUUUGUUCCUUAUUUUUAACGUGAUUGCACAAAGUGGUUAUAAUAACAUAGGCAUGUACAAUUUGAUUGUCUGUGUGUGUGUAUGUGUGUGUGUGUGUGCGUGCGUGCGUGCGUGCGUGCUACUGUCAGCCAUGUGUGUAGUCCAACUCCUAUAGGUUUUGUUCCCUCGUAGUGCCUUACAGUUGUAACAAGACAGUUUACUCCACUUGGAAAACCACGCAAGACAAAAAAAGUUGUGUUGUCCUGCUUUGAUAGGCUUGUGAUGGGACACCGUAGCGCUCUUCCAGGUUUAGGGUUUGCUCCCAUUGCUUCUGCGUGGUCCUUAAAGGGAGCGUAGAUGACGAUUCAUGUCAUCAGGUUGAUGAAGCUGAGUCUCUUCUAUCAUGUGUGCAUGAGGUAACUUGUCAGGGGUACUGACCAAAGUCAUGAAUAUUCAUGAUAAUUCUUAUUCCGGACUCGCUCUGGAUUGAAAUACAAAUAACGUACGUGGUGUAGAUGUAUCAGCGUGAAUUUAGGCGGUUGUUGUGCACUGUAAUUUAAAAAAAGAAGAAGAAAAAAACAACAAAAAAACAUUUAUACAUUGGUUUUAUUUGCUAACCCUAACUGCUUGAAUCUAACCCUGGCCAAAUAUUGCAUAAAAGUGAUUUUAUUUCUUGUGGAAUGAGUAUCUUUUAGCUGGAAAUGACACAAGAAGAGACUUUAAUUACAAAUAUUUGCCAUUCACGUGUAAUAACCCUAACAGUUCUGAGGAAAGAUGUUUUGUACCAUUCCAUAGGAUCUUGGUUUGUUCUUACAUUAUCUGGAACAUUCUAAUCAAUGAUCAAUUUUGAACAUUGGAUAUGCUUUGUGUUGUUGUUAUUUUGAUUAUUGUUGUCAGCCAGGAUACAUUUGUACUUAAUAAUUAACAAUUAGGAAUCAUUAUCAGGGAUAUCAGUGAUUUUUUUUUUUUUUUAAUGUUGUUUUUGUGUUUGCUUUUUUCAUUAACAUUUCUGUGUCAUGUUUGUGUUAUUUCCAGCCAAAAGACUCAGUGUGCCAUUGUGGCAAAAUAUAGUCUGUCGUGUUUCUGUGCGGCAAGAUGUCAUUUUUCUGAAGUGCAUCACUGCAAGGGAUGAAUACUCUGCUUCGUUUUUUUGUAUUUUCUACAAAAUCUUUGUGAGAACACAGUGUCUGUGACACCUAAAAUGUGCUUACUUCUUUUAAUUCAAACAAGACUAUUGAUAACGUUUCUUGUGUUUGCUGAAUAGGUCGCAGUUAAGACACCAGAGGUCGCUCCGGGUUUUAAAGCUAGUCGCAGAGGGGCCUGACAGAAAGUGAUUGUGCCAUGGUUUUGGGGCGAGAUUGUGCAGGGUGAGAUGAUACAGUCAUCUCAGCUGCAGCCAAGAUAUGAAGUGUGGAAAGGUACGACAGAGACACAAGUGAAAGGUCGGGGGUCGCUGGUUGAAAAGCACUGGUUCUGUUUAGAUAGAGAGUGAAGGCAACUCUAUCUUUGGGACUCUACAACGAUAACAAGUUGGCACUGAGCAGGUUGAUAGUAACACUGAGGCCGAGUGGUUUUUGGUAGGAGCACAUUUGAAGCCACAUGAAUCCUUUUACUGCUGUCAUUGUUACAUUUUCCAGCAAGAUUAUAGGACAGUAUUGCCACAAGGGUGGCAUAGCCCUAGAAGGGCCAAGUUGAAACGAGCUCAGUUCAAAGCAGGAACACCACCAAGCCGAAUGGGAUAAACGCGUAGAGAAUCAAUAGGGCUGUCGCUUGUGUUUGCUGCUUUAUUUAACUUUUAUUUCUCAUAGCUAACAAUACAUACAGUACACAGUGACCACAUGAGAACUAUUGCUGGUUUAGUGGAAGCCUUCCCUUCCCCUUCAUGCCAUAGUACAUUUGAAGUGAUUGUUCUUUUGUUGUUUUUUAACAUGGCUGUACACGUUUGUUUUGAUUAGAGAUUGUUGCAAUAAUUCUUGUGGAUGUUCUAUCAGAAUGUGUGUGUUUCCGUUACAUGUCACGCUAACUUCUGCUAUAUUUAGUAUUCAGUGGAUGUGUGAUUAAAGUGUGUCGAUGAUCUAAUAGGACCCGAUAUGGGAUAUUUGUAUUUUGAGGGCCACUCUUGGUGUCACAUGUAAACCAUUGUUUUAAGAAACCUUUCUUUCAUCUUGUACUUGUUUCCACAAAAUUCUUCUCAGACUCCGUUGGUCCCGGUAUGCAAGCAACGUUGCUGGUUACAUCUUAACCAUUUGUUAAUGUAUUACGGCAUUCUCUGUUCAUAUUUGUCAUAACAUCAACUUAAGGCCAUUUGGGCCGAAGCACACACGCAGAAGGGAGAUUCGUUGAAAUUGUUAUGAGACAGACUACUGAAACAUUCCACAGCUUGUGGGAAUGAAGCAUUUGUAUGCUAGACUGCUGUACACCCCCCCCCCCCCCCCCCCCCGCAACCCCACCCACCCACCUUCAUGUCACUCUUAAAGACGUUUUGCUUCUCGCACCAAAGACAUCACAUUGGCCAUGUGUAAGCACAGCCACUGCAAGACACUGAUUUCCUGUUGAAAUGCUUUACAAGUGCUUUUAUGGACAUUUCAACUCCCCCACCCCCAAACAAAUGCACAUGUGCAUAAAAUGCGAUAAACAUUAUAAGUUAAUGUUGCCACAGUGGCAACAUCAUCAGUUGUAAGUUUUGUUUUUUGUUUUAAUUUAUUUAGCAUUUUGGCCCCCCCAAAUAUCUAAAUUGAGUUACGAAUCUAGCCUUUCUCCAAAAGUGCUUAUUUACUUUUUGUUGCAGAAUUUUGUACAAAUUUAAAAAGUAUGUCUGCCAUGGAGUACAAUGGAGGAACUCAAUUAAUUAGAAAAUAAAGAAAUAACCAACAAUACCUUUAAAGGCAUGAGCACGUGCACAACAUGAAUGUGAUGUCACAUUUGACAUCCGAAAGAGCUUUGGAUAUUUAUGUCCAUUUUGCAAUAAUGAUACACAAAAUCUCUAGCAAGAACACAUUUGUGAGAUGUGUAAAAUGUCCCUAUCCUUGUGAUUAGAGGUUCUAUAUUUUCUCAAAUUCUAUAGCCAGCUAAGACAUUGUGGAAAAUAGCUUAGUGUAUGAUGCUGUUGUCUGUCAUUUUGUUUCACAUAACCAAUGUUUUGUGUUUUACUUAAAAAAAAAAAAAAAAAGGUGGGUGUCAGGAAAGCGAGCAUCGACGUAGAUUGAGUGACCUUAUGAUUACCAAAAUGUACUUAAGUGGGGUGCAAAUGUUUUGUGUUGUUAAAGUGAGCAUAGUCCUGUUUUUUCUUUGUUUUGUUUUUCGUACUGCCUUCAAAAUAACCAACAAUACCUCCAAAGCUUUUAAGUGUCAUUUAAAUUCGAGAAACUUGUAUAGAAGGCAGUAUUUCACUCUUUUAACAUUGACUUACUCCCAUUAAGUGUGUCAAAAAGUGCUUAUGUAAAGGUUUGGGGAAUCACUGAGAAACAUUCCAGUGGGUAUGGCAUAUGUAACACAAUUUACAUGAUCAUUUAAAUUGGGAAAAGUGGGAAAUCCUGCAAUUUUAAAUGUUUCUUUUUUUUAAGAACUAGAAUGUUUUUUUGUUUUUUUAUUAUUAUUAUUCUAUUAAUGAGGUCUGCUUUUUGGCCCAUUUGGUUUAUCAUUAAUGAUGUGUGUCAUGUGAUCACAGUAAUUACCAAAACAAAUACAAAUCAGUUUCCAUGCAAGUAUUGUAUUCCCAUUUAAAUACUGUUCAUGCAAACCUUUGUCAGAAUAGACCUCUCAUUUGUUUCCGAGUAUGUUGUGUGGAUUGGUAGUAAUCUGCAAAAGAAAAAAAAAAAAAAGAUGAUAGCUGUCAUGUUUAAAAAUAAAAGCACCAAAGCUAAGUUUUCUGUGAAAUUUUCCCAAUUAUGCCCCAAAAUCCAACUGGAGGUACAUUUAUUGUUAUUUGAGAAAAAUGAUACAAAUUCCAAGCGCUGUUUCAUACAAUUCCGAAUAAGCGAGUCAAACAACAAUACUGCAAUCAUAUUUGUUUAUUUUCUGAAAGCAUUAGACUCCUUUUUGUCCAAUAAUCUAAAUAAUUAUGUUUAGAAGCUCAUGUGUGGUGAAGUGUCUCUUUUUGUCUUUUUUAAUUGAAUUUUCUUUUUUUUUAUUUCUCAAUUGGGAUACGACGUCAUUAUUUUUCAUGAUCAUUAUUAUUAUCUGUUGAUGUAGUGUUCUGUGUACGCCCUGUUCUCUUGCCUGUUCUAAUUGUGUUAUUAGGAUGGAUACUUUACUGGCUUUAUAGACUGUUUAAAUGAAUGCAAUGACAGUUCGAAGGCUUACCGGUAAUUAAAACACCCUAACCAUUUGCUACUAAGCGCUUGUGUUACUAUUAUGAUAUCGUGUGCUUCUCUUAAUCAUUUUCGUUGUAGAAAAAUGGAGUGAAUUUCUAUUUGGCUGUGGGAAACUAAUUAUAUCGUCAUGAAUUGACUGGAUCAUGCUCGACAAUAAGCAGCUUGGUCAGGUAGAAGUCUUUAACUCUUUGAAUUGUUCUCUUUACUAACAGUAGGGUGAAAGGGGGGGGGGGGGGCACGCAAUCUGGUAAACUAUGUUAUAGCUUGUUAUUCACUGUUACUUUUGAUCAUUUUUUCGGUCUCCGAGGUGAAUCGAGUUAUUAAUGACAAUUUGUAUGCUCACAUAUGCAUAUUGUAUAUGUGUAGAAAUGUAAUCACACUUUGUCUUGGAUUUACAAUAAACUGUUAAGUCACAUGA